AUGCUCUUCUAUAUCAAAGGCUUCAAGAAAAGAUCUCUGAAUAGACCGGUACUAGACUGUCCCGAGAAUCUCUAUCGCCUUCGGGUUCUAGAUAGUCUAGGGCAACAACAGCUGGUCUUGAAGGAAGAGAUAAAGGAUAAGUUCGUGUUCUGCCAGGUUGCUCGGGAUAUCGCCGGUUAUCGCAUUAUCUUGGAAAAGCCAAUAACAUCGUCUAUGAUACGUUCCCGUAUACGCCGAGCUAGAGAAAUCACUAGCAUAGAGCAAAUCGCAAGGCCGUAUCUUGUGCGAUAUACUAGAGCUAAAGUAUUCAAUAAGAGUGAAGAGGUAACGGACGCCCUUCAGAACGUCAUAUUGCAGUACUCAGAUAUUCGCACGUUUGUUCGACACUAUAAAGUAGACGUCGAUAUUGACGUUCAAGGUAUUAUAAGAAACACGGGAUCACAGACAGCCCUUAUACGAUUUGCUUGUUCCCUGAGUACUUCUAUUAACCCAGAUCGACCCUAUAAACUCUCACCUCAAGAAUCUCGACUAAUUACCGAGCUCCCGGAGGUUCGCGCAAAGCAAGAUAAAGUCGACGAACGGAAACGGAAGCGUGUCCGUGAGAACCUGGAGCACUACAAGAAUAAGCAACCUGUGAUUGAUCUCGAACGUCAACUGCAAGGAAAGUUGGUAGAUACGAAAGUCCUAGGGGCACUAGAAAAUGCUGCCCCCUCAAGUCCAGAGUUUAUAAGAGUCAUUGAUACCAUCUUGACUAUACCAGGUACUACAGUAGAGGCUGAAUAUCAGCGUCGUAUUAAUACAAUCAACGCGGUAACAGCUUUCUAUAGCGUAGAAGAAGGUCGCCCUACACAGAGGCCUGCCCAGUCUCGUCGCCGACAGGCUGUCGAUGAUCUUGAUUACUGUCCUUCCUCCAAGCAACGUAAGAACCUAACACAAGACGACAAACAAUCUAUACUCCAGAAUACGAUAGAGUCAGUGCGGAUCAAGUCUCCCGAGGUCCGGCCGACGAUAUGUUUCUUGUGUGUCGGGAAUCCCAAUCUUCCGCUCGAGAAACGAGUUGCGAAGCAUACGAUACCUGGCUCACUCACGCGACAUUUUUUGCGAAAGCACGUGAACACUGCUUGGCCAACCGAGGGGGUUCUAUGUAAUAUCUGUGAUAAUCAGCCCCUCGAGCAUAAAUCGAUACUUGUCAACUAUGCGGAGAUAGCCUACGGUACAGUUAUGCGAGGCCGCGCUCAGGAGAAGCUUACAGAAGAGUUGUCUAAUACCGCACCCAAGAGAGGCUUUCAAGACAAUUGA